UCAUCUGUCACAGACGUCAUAUUUUCUAACCUUGUUUUUUAUUUUGUAAAAAAUUAUUUUUUCCGACUGAAAUGUCUAUUUACUACAGUGGUACGUUUACAAAAUCAGCUGGUGUUAUAAGUGCAAUCAACAAACAACUGAAACUUGUGAACUUGAAGCCCGUGAAAAAAAUACAAGUUCAAUUCGACCCUUUCCAUCCUAAUGCAGUUACGGCCAGAGAUUUCCUGUUUCACAUUUCCUCACCCAAAGUUUUGGAAACGAAUCUCAAUUGCAUCAUCAGGCCCAAUGUGGUGUGUGAUCGAAGUGAGCCAGAAGUUAAAAUAGAGCUGUCGGAUUCCGGGACCAUCAAGUUUCUGGCAAAUAAUCUGACGGUGUUAGAGAUUCUUCAACAAAUAAACAAACAUAUAAGCUCAAAAGUGAAGCCAGACCCUGUUGCACCAAGCGCCACAACUAAGCUAGCAGCGAAGAAGCAACGUAAGCGUUGAGAUGGGAAAUAAAAAGAAGGAUUUUCACCUGAAACUCAUCGAACAUGUGUAUGAUAAUAUGCCGGCAUUUACGGAUGUGUUUACCGAAGAAACUUUUUAUAUGUUCGCCAUUACUGUGGUGAUUAGUACUAUUGUUGUAGUGUUCAUUGUUUCAAGGUUUGUUACAAUUAAAGAAGUUGACUUGU